CUGGAGAAACUGGCUGAUUCCUUGGAUGGUGCCUGUUUCGGACUGCUUCUGAAAAGGCUAAAAACAUCUUCUACCAACUAAAAGUUCUUUUGACAGCAUUUGGUAGAAAAACUUAAAACCGCUUCUUGGUCAUAGAAGCAUUUUGUGGACAAGCACCUGCUAGAUGCUUCUUAAAGAAGCACUCCCAAGUGCUUUUACAAGUAAUAUUUGGAUUUACAGAAGCAGUCCUAAACGAGCUCUAAUUAUCCUUUUCUUUACCCCCGGCAGAAUCUAAAGUAUUAGUAAUGACAAUAUUUUGCAGGAUAUGUGCUGGAGUACUUCAAAGACAAUGAAGCUGUGACUGAAGACAAUUGUUCUACUAAGCAAAUCAAGGGGUAUAAAUGUGUGCUCGAUUCGAAGGCAACAGAAGACAAUUUGGAUAAAUUUGCAAGAUGGGAGCCUGCACAUGGAAGUUUCAACUUCAAACAUCCAUGGAAACAGUACCUCAAGAUUGGCGCAUCGAUGCGCAGUUGUGCUUACUGCGUCAAGGCUCUCAGCGCUUGUAUGGAGUCGGAAAUUAAGACGCCGGCUAGAAUCGGAAACCUAAAGAAGCAUUUCAGCAAUGCCUGUAAGACAACAAACAUACAUUCUUCAGACAUCUUGACAGAAAUGGUGAAAACAAUUAAAACCAUGAAAAAAUCAUCUGAGAUUGACUCAUUGGUUUGGGAGAUGAACAAAGCAGUGCAGGAGCUUCAAAAAUCUUUGAAAUCUGUGCCUAUCUGGCUUGUUUUACCGACAUCAGAAGCAACCGAUGAUGAUGGCAAAGGAGAACCCAUCGUAGCACCACUGGUGGAGGUUCUUCCGGUGACCACAUUGGUGUCUUUGCUGAUUGAAAAUGCAGCAAGAAUCAGUGGAAUUGUUGAUGCAGUCAAUGAGCUUGCAGGCCAGGCAGAUAUGAAGCCUGCACCCCAAGGAAAUAAAACGCAACACCAGACCGGUGACAAGCCCUCUGCAGGAGAGAAACUUCCAUUCAACGGGAAUGUCACUGUGACAGUUCCCCAUGCCAAUUGCGCAUUGCCGUAUGGUACCUAAGAUUAUGAAGCCAAUAGAGGCCCUUCGAAAAAUCUGUGUUACAGAGUGCUGCUUCUAUUAACUGUGUAUAUGUACAGAAAACAAGUCCGUUUGAACAGUUGAUUUUGCGAUUGCGAUUUACCAAUAAUGCGCAACUAAU